GCAUGCAGCUGCUGCCGUCAUCGUCUUUGAAAGCUGCUCGCACGUGUAGCUGAAGCUCUAUAAAGCUCCUACCCACCCUCCAACCUUCCCCUCUCCCUCCUUUCACUCGCCUUUCUGCCAUCCUAUAUUCUAUCUUCACCAAUCUGUUGUCCGUUUUUCAUAGUCUGACUCAUAUUCACCCUAACAUCACCGUAGCUCUCACCCGAAACACCAACUUUCGUUCAUUGCCUCUUUCACCCUUCACCGGUCUUCACAACACUCUUUCCUGUCUUAGCCACAUGCAAGCUUCCAUCCAACGACCACAGCACAUCUCUCCAAGAUCCUAAACCUCGAACGAAAUCAUGGCCAGCGACCUUCCUGUCAGCGAUCUUACUGCUGAUCUCAGAGGCCCGGCUGUCGAACGGCAACGCGGCAAGGAGCGACGUAUCAAGUACCGAAAUGUUAAUAUGGCUCUCCUUGGGCAGCCAAAAACUCUCUUUUGGCCAGAUGGGACCAAACCUGCUCCCGUCUGGAACGAUCGAAACAAGUUCCGGAUGCCUCAACAGGAUUCUCGCAGUUGCCAUUGCCAUGGGUGCCGUAGCUGGCGUGCCAGAGAACAAAAUAAGAAGAAGGCUGUUGAAAAACUCCACUGGGACGAUGAAAUCUGCACUGCUCGACAAUACCCUCUCUCGCCAUCGGCUGAAGAGAGGGAAUAUCUCUGGGACGAUUCGUCUUCGGAUAGUGGCUCCAUCGAAGGUGUCGCUUAUUCGUUCGACCGGCCAGGGCCCAGCACCGGAACGGAUACCCUCAGUUACGCCGUAACUGAGGCCGUCAAAAAGUUCGAGAACAAGGAGUUGGCUACUUUGAUAAAGAAUGAGUAUGAGGUCAUCGACGCGAGCGAUUCAGAUGAGGACUUCGAGUUGGUCUAGAUUGAAAUGAGAGGUCCUACAUCGCUGUCCCGGACGUGCAACUGGAUGGAACGCAUAACCGUGACAACGACUAUCGGCGGUGAUGAUUUUGAUUUCUGUAGAAUUGGAGUUUUUGCCGAGUAUCAGUUUUUCCUGGCUAGGUGCCUUCUUAAUCCUUCUUUUAUUUCUGCCCGUGGUUUGACUGCCCCUGCGAGCCUCGUACUUGUGAUGAAUGGAGCAUGUUUAUCUUCCUUCAUGGCUGCUUUUUUUUUCGGUUCUGGAGUCUUUUUGGGGGGAUAAGUUCCAGGGAGCGCUAGCACCUGUUGGAGAUUGAGCUUCGGGUUCUCUUUCCCUUCCUUUCCUUUUCUCGAUGGGAUUUGAUAUUUUCGAUGGUGUUUGUAUGGUGGUUUCUGGUGCCAGUCCAGAGGAAGCUUUUUGCCAUGGAGCGGGGGGCCUAAUAUGGAUUUUUAUUAUUUGUGUGCUGGGCAGUUUUGUGGGAGCAGUCCUAAAACCUAGCUUGGCUUAAGCCACCAUUGGAAUUACUCUCCUUAGAUACUAUUCCUACCGCAGUAACAUGGGAUGGAAUUAGAUAUAGACAUUAUUGACGCCUUUAUGGCAUUAUUUCUCGAAAA